AACAAAAUCCAUUUUUUAAGAGCAUAGAAGCCAAGCACUGGCUAAGAGUCGGUGUCCUUCCUUUCUAAGACUUUUAUUUUUCUACUCUUUAUUUUGGGGGAUGAGUGAAGAGAGGGUUGUAAGUUGUGCAGAUGCUAUAGAAGAAGAUGCAAAUGCUGCUGGAGAAGAGCACACUUCUAGGUGUUUCCAAGCCUCAGCCUUGUGUUGCUGCAUCCCUAGAAGGCGGUUGUACUUACCAGGGAGGAGACCCAAGGACAGAAAGAAGAAAAACGAGAAAAAGAAUUAUCCUGAAGAUCUAUCCUGUGAUGUCACCAUGUUUGAGCAAAGACAGCAGAACAUGGGCCAAGACUAUUGGAAGAUGACACCUGCAGGUGACGUGGGUGUACAAACAGAGGCUAUCAAGCCAGCUUUGGCAGUAUGUACCCAGCCCUAUGACAGAAAAAUUCAAGAUCCCCAUAUACCUAUGCCUUUAAGUGAUAUAUUUUUGGAAGAAAAGCAAGGAGAAUGUGAUGAAAAAACAAGUGCAAAUACUUUCCAAACGCCACAACAAAAGGAGGGAUCAGAUAAUAUGAGUGUAUUAUCUUUGGAAAAGGUAAAGAAAAAGGUAGUGGGUGCAAAAUUAGAGGGUGAUCCCUCUGAAGAAGGGAAGGAGUAUCUAAUUAUGGCAGCUGAAGAAAGCAGACAACAUAGAAAAUCUGAAUUGCUGAGUGCAGUGCUCCAAGAAGUAACCGAUGAAAAGGAACAACAAAAAGGAAGAGGUCAUACAGGGAUUAUAUUGGAAGGUUUGCCCUGUAAGAAGGACCAGAAGCGGAGUCACCAAGAUGUGCCAUUUCAGGAGCUGCAGCAGGCUAGAGAACUAGAACCAAACAGUACAUCGACUGCCAGUGAAAACAAAACUCAAGAGGAACAAAACACAAGUAUUGAUUCCAAGGGUGCAACUUCUUUGCAGGAACUGUUCAACCAACCAGCUGUACCAUGCAAUGAGGAACAGCAGGUUGGGAGGCAACAACAACAUGGUAUGGGUAUCACCCAUAACAUGGAGAAACGAGUAUUCUGGAGUCAAAUAAAUCCUGUAUCUAAAGGAGAUGUUCGCAAGGAGGAGCAGGCUUACAAAGAUAACACAAACCAGGAGGUACAGCAGCCUGUGGAACAAAAAUACCCAGAUAUUUUGUCUACCAUGUGUGGAAAUGAUGAACAAGAACAGCCAGAAGUACAACAGCUUUUAGAUUUUGUAAGAGAAACCUCCUCCAAUGAGAUAAACUUGUUUGACCAAGAAGACCAACUGCCUAUUUUACCCAAAGCUAUGAGCUUUCCAUUGGAGGACACAACCUGUGAGAAGGUACAGGAAGACACACAAGCUUUCAGAAGCUCAACAUUAGAGAGCUUUCUCAGCAUGUCAGAAGAUCAUCAGUAUGUUCCCCACCAGAAGGAUCUACAAGCUGUUGCAAAAGAAAACAUAACUACAUUGCCCCUGGGUGUAGCUUGCACAAUGGAUCUGCAACAACUAGCAUAUAUAAACAGUUUGCCUCAGGAUGUUGUUACUCAUGUUGCAAAGCAAAAACACUCAGAUGCACAGCAGCUUCUUUUACUGGAACAAAUUAGCACACACCAUGAUGAAAAGGAAAUGCAAGAAGGUCUAAAUUAUGCACAUUCCGGAUGUAAGGGCACUGCCUAUACUGAAGAACAGGAGAAGCAAAAGCUCAGUGCAUCAGAACAUACAACUACACUUCCUGACAACCUAAGCUAUGAGAAAGAACAGCAAAGAAAAUUGGACUGUGGAGAUUCUGGGUCUGAGGGCACCUAUGACAAGGAGGACCAGGACCAUCAGGGUACUCUUUACUUAGAAGUGCAACGGCCUCUAGGACUUGCAAAGCUGAGCUCUUUGCCUCUGAGUGGAACCUCUGAAGAACUGUGUGUAAGAAAGGACAACCUAUACACUGGCAUUCUUGAAAUACCCUCCCUGAAUGAAGAGCAAGAAGCCGAGGACGAUGAGAGCAAGGUGCAUAUGCUUGCUUCCUCCAAAGACAAUGCAAUAGCGCAGGAACAAGAAGCACAACCACUUCCUAUGCUCCCACAGGCAGGAUGCAACACAGAAGGGGAGCAACUGGAGACAUGGCAUAUCCAGAAGACAACAUCCAUACCGUAUGAGGAGCAGCAGGAAAGGGAACAACUGAACCUGGGCAUGACCUGUGAGGAGCAAGAGAAGAAGGGAAAAUGGGGUCUGUCAAGCACCACAUUCCCUUCUACUACUGAGGAUGAGGGGCAUAUAUAAGGUGAUCAUUUCCUUCAUUUGAGGCAAAAUCCUCAAAAUUACUACUUUUGCUGUCUCAGAAACUACCUCCACUGAAAUAUGAAAGCUGAAGAGAUAUUACUUCUUUUUAAGUUUUGCACAAAGGUACAGUUUAUAUGUAGAUUAAGUCAAAAAGUAAACAAAAUUGAAAAUAA